AUGAUCCCGCUGGCAUCGGCUCUAAUCAUAUCAAUUUGCUUCAUUCUCAAAGACUCGAAGAAACUCACUAUCUCCUUCAACGAAAUCCCCCGCCUUCGAGUGGAAGUCAAGCCCGAGGAGGGAGAUUUCACCCUCUCAGAGGUCCGUCGAAUUCUCACCUUUCUCUGGUACGCCUCACCGCGUCUAAACGACCUGCAUGCAGAAUACUGUGGACCGGCCUCACUGUUUGCUCCGGGCCUCGAGUUUGCACGUAUUUUCAGCACCGAUUCGCACGUUUUCCUUUCUGAUGCCGAAUGGCGCGGUGAGCCCACCGAGGCGUUCUUCACUCGUGGUCUACCAACUGCUAACAAGGUCAACAUGCUCGAACCACCCUCCAUCCGCGGGUCAGACAUUGAGAACGAAGCAGUCCUCCAGAUUACGACCACCAAAAGCUUGAAGGAGAUCAUGAAUGGUACCAAGAUCCACGUCAGGGACUGGGAAGGUAGACCAGGAAUUUUCUCCAGCGCCUACGACUUUUCCGGGCUCCUCGACAAAGACCCCAAGAAGAGAGUCAUAGGAUUUUCCCAACACGCCGGCACCUUAGACUCUUAUGCAAUCGAGAACUGGAUCAAGGUAUGUCACGGCAUCGUCAACUUUUGUCUGAACGAAACUGAGGAUCGAGUAGACCGUGUUCUUGCACAGUUGAAGCAACCCAUCUCUUCCUUAGGAUCACCUGGUUCGUACACAACAACUCAAUUUCUCGAAGAUAUUAACCUCCAUGUACAAGCAGCAUACUACGAGCCUCUCGGCCGGAACCCUUUCGUUCCGGAACUCGACGCCCACCGCCUUCGCAAACCCACCAUCAACCUCGAAGACGAGGAAGACUUGCCACCUUACACCUUUGGGAUCGAGCUCGAGUUCCUCGUCCCUUUCACCAACACCAAACACACCGGCAAAGACAUCGACGAUCAGCGCUGGGUCUACAACCACUUAACCUCAUAUCGCGGACAGGCCCACGAUGAAUCAGCGAAACAACUAGAGACAAUGCUCUGCGAUGAGGGCUACUUCAGCGCCGCAUGGGACACCGUCUUUGACCUCCGAGACGACCAUGAGGGCAAAGUCUCCAUACCAGGGAUACAAUCCAUCGCAGACGCCGCGGACUGUCAUCUUCACUUCUUGGAAGAUGUCAUCGCGGAAUUCCAGUGCUGGUACAUUGAGAGAGAUCCUAGCCUUUCUGACUGGGCUUCCGGUGAAAAGGGGUAUGCCGGGCACACUGGGAUGGAGAUGUCCAGUCCCGUGUUGCGUGACUCGCCCGAAGAUUUCGGCAAGAUCGUCGACGUAUUGAGGAUCCUCCGCGGCGGGCUGAGACCGAUGCUGGACAUCAGCUGUGGUCUACACGUCCACGUGGGUAGUGUUCGCAAGUUUUCUCUCCGUAGCUUGAAACGUAUCGCCACGUUGUUUAUGAUUGCUGACCCGAUUCUAUAUACUCUCGUCCACCCUUCCAGACAAUGGAAUCCCAUGACGCUGCCUCUCCACCUCGAUGCAGUUGUCGCAAAGGCGGACGGUUUACCCGACUACACCGCAGCGUUUGAUUUCGAGGACGCAGAUAACAAGUCACAGCACAACCCCCUCCAGGUAGUCAUGGCCAAGGUGCUGUUGGACUUGGAGGCCAACGUUCCCAUGAACGACUUGCCCCGGAAGCUGCGGGGUCAGCUGGCCAAGCUCUGGGCUACAGACAGUCUAUCUGUUCUUCUAAGUCAGCUUGCCCCGUUUCGUGGGUGCAAGGGCGGCACCGCCUUCGGCACCCUCGGUUGGGACUUUUCGAAGCCGAGCAAUGACCCACGUAUAAAGGGCACCAUCGAGUUCAGAAUGCUCGAGGGCACGCUUGACCCGGUGCUGAUCACGCACUGGACCAAGCUGCUUCUCAGGAUUGUGGAAAUAGGGGACGCUGCGACAACGAAGGAGUACUUCCAGACACUUGCUACCCUCGCCGAAGAGCGGGAAAGUGCGGAAGAGAAGCUUGCUGCGUUGUUGGGUGCUCUUGGCCUCGAGAAGCACCUGCCGUUCUGGAGCAAGAUCUUGCAGAAGAAUCAAGCUAUAGACGACGACUUGGAGGAUAACGAGUAUGGGCGGAGUAUCAUGCCCGAGGACUGGGAGUUGCCCAUAUAUCGAGAGAAGGAAGGUAAUAGGCAGGUGUUUGAACGUAAUUGGUAUGAGCGGAACGUUGUCAGACUCCCAGAGCUUGACAACGAUGUUUGGGACAAGAUCAGAGACAUCGUUUGAAU